AUGACACACUCGACAGCGUCCAAGGCUGAGGGUGCGAUCUCAUUUUCCAAGUUAGAGCUUGCUUUCGAGAGCCAGAUGUGCUUGCACCCUGUAUGGGGUCCGGAGUUAAAGGCAUUCAGAACUUGUAAAAACUCACCUUCCAAAGCGCUCCAUUGGCGACAAAAAGCUCUAGAAUGCUGCAAGGACAUCAUUCACAAUGAAGACCGUGAUGCCCUUCCUGCAGCUUUGGAAAGUCUGCUGUCUUGUUGGCUCUGCGGCAUGCACAGAGGACUGGAAGCCACCCAGGAUCUUAGCAAGGCGGUCAUUGAGAAAUGGAAGCGUGAAGUGACCGCAGACUGGAAGAUUCCACAGGAGCCUUGCAUUUCAAUCUCUUCCUCUGACGACGAAUUGCCAUCAGUAGUCGUUGUUGCUGAUGGUAGAGAUGCUGAAAUACUACAAAGAACUCACCUGGGGAAGCCAAAAGCCAUGUUACAAGUACACGAGCGCGAAGUCACAACAGACGAACAGCAAACGGCGACAGCAGCACAUGUGCCUGCUAAAGCAUACCCCAGAUGGUCAACUUUGGAGAAUGAGCUUUUCAAAGAAUUUGGCGCCCGAGCAGCAAAGUCGGGGAUAGUAUAUGUCGCGUCUUGUGAGGACAUGCCUGGACUGGUGAAAGUGGGCUUCUCUGAGAAAACCGCUAAGCAGAGGCUCGGUGGCAUCACACAAGUUUGUGGAAUAUCCUUCAAAAAGAAUUGGGAAAGCCCUAGGUUGUCCUGUGGAGCCUACCGUCUCGAGCAAUUGAUUCUGGCACAGUUCCGUGCGUCCAGAAACACUAAUCAGGGCAGGUGCCCUAAUGAAGAGUGCCGUAAAAUACACGGAGAGCUUCUUGAUUCACAGUUUGAGCGUGUGGUAAAAGUUGCGAAACAGUGGGUGGCAUGGUUCGAAAAAGGUAAACCAUAUGAGAAUGGGAUGCUAAACGAGUAUUGGAGGGCAACCCUCAUCUCAAUGAGCAAACAUGGCAAGAUGCCCACAGCCAAAGUGUUGAAUAAAAAGCUCGAUUCGGAAGCUUCACCAGGUGCAAACCAGUCUAGCACCAUCCACGCGAUAGAUCGCUUCUCUCUGAACCACGAAGCGGCAACCAGAGAUCCUUCGGCUGCUAUGGCUGCCAAUAAUGCGUCAGGCAUAACAGGUUCUCCUUCGAGUGACAUAAGCACUGGCCGGAAGUCAAGAGAAAGUUUAUCCCAGAUUCUGACUGAUCUCGAGGAAGACGACACACUCGUCGGUGAAGAAUCUACAUCCCUCGAGUGUACUGAAAAGAUCCCCAACUAUUCGGCUUCCCCCAUCUUGCACGUUCCUGGAGCUUUCCCAAAAGAUUUGCAGGAGGCGAUUGACAUGGUCAAGUUGAAGCAAAAUAAUUGCACAAGGCUUCAAGCCAAGCAUGGCGCGUGUGAAGCAAAAACACUAACACUUCGAAGCUUGUCCCAAUCUGCUAGUUGA